CAAUGACUGAAUUACCAAAGGAUCAACCGUUUUCCACUGUUACCAGGCGAAUAAUGACAUCGUCAAGGUCGCAAAACGGUGAAAAUGAGGAUGAUUCAGGAUAUCAAGGAGAUCAGGAGGAUAG